AUGAAGAAUGAAGCUUGCUCGUUGGCCUUUUUCAGAGCCGUCUUUGCCGAGUUCUUGGCCACCAUGAUAUUUGUGCUUGUCGGGGUGGGCUCGGCCUUGAAUUGGCCGUCGGCACUCCCACAGAUGGUGCAGAUUUCCAUGGCCUUUGGCUUGGCCAUCGCCACCCUCGUCCAGUCCGUGGGCCAUGUCAGCGGGGCUCACAUCAACCCAGCGGUGACAGUGGCCCUCCUCGUGGCACAAAAGAUUUCAGUGGUACGAUCGGUGGCCUACGUUGUGGCUCAGAUGUUGGGAGCGAUAGCUGGGGCAGGGGUGAUCCACCAGCUCACUCCAGCCGAUAUCCGAGGGACCCUGGCCGUCAAUGCGGUAAGUGCUGCUGACACAUGGAUUCCUAUUGUCCUGGCUGAAGAAAAUGACAAGGGGUCAGUCCUGCUAAAUUUCGUGGGUCUUAAUACCAGGUAAGCAUACGCAGGAUUGAACCACCUAAUGCAGGGUUAGAGAACCUGAGGCCCUACCAGUGUUGCUGAACUACAACUUCCAUCACCGUAGAUCAUGGGUAGGCAAACUAAGGCCUGGGGCCGGAUCCGGCCCAAUCGCCUUCUCAAUCCUGCCCAUGGACAGUCCGGGAAACAGUGUGUUUUUACAUGAGUAGAAAGUGUCCUUUUAUUUAAAAUGCAUCUGUGGGUUAUUUGUGGGGCAUAGGAAUUCACUCUUUUUUUCUUUUCUUUUUUCAAAAUAUAGUCCGCCCCCCCCCAAAGUCUGAGGGACAGUGGACCGGCCCCCUUGUUGAAAAAGUUUGCUGACCUCUGCCGUAGAUUAUAUACCCUCCAAUAUUUUGCCGAUGAAAAUAGGGACAUCCUAUUCCAUAUUAUUAUUAUUAUUAUUACCACCCCACCCAUCUGAAGAUGUUAAGCUUCUUCUUUUCCCCCCAAAAUCUCAGAAAAGAAAAGAAUUUUUUUGGAGUUAUUUUUAAGGGGUUUGCCAAAAUCAAGACUUCUACCGGUUUUUGCCCAAAGACUGUUUCUGACUGCCAUGUUCUGGUUACGUCUGGGAAAUUCCAGACAUAUCGCAGCCCUACCCUAGGCGGCUUUCAACAUAUAUGAAAACAUUAUAAAGCAUUAAGAAAACUUCCCUAUACAGGGCUGCCUCCUGAAAGUUGUAUAGUUAAUUAUCUCCUUGGUUUGGAGGGGGGGGGUCGCAUAACUCUUUGGCCUCCAACAUUUCUCUGAUGAAAAUAGGGACGUCCUAAGGAAAAUUGGGACAUUCCAGGAUCAAAUCAGAAACUGGGACAGCUUCUGUAAAUCCGGGACUGUCCCUGGAAAAUAGGGACACUUGCAGGGUCUGUGACUAUUGACCAUGCUGGCUGGGGCUAAUGGGAGCUGGAGUCCAAAAACAUCUGGAAAGCCAUAAAUUCCCCAUCCCUAAAGCUACCUGGAGGGAACAUGUUAUGCCCUCCCCUGGCUGGAAGAACAUCAUAUCGUGGGGCACACCAUGGCCAAGUGCCGUUCUACAAACCCAUUGGCAUUAUAGCCAAUUUAUAGUCCUGUGAGUGUGGAGACUUCAAAAUCCAUCAGGGUUCAUGAUGAGUGCUGGAGAUUACCUCUAUUGUCCUUCUCAGUGGUGGCUCACUGCCAGUUAUUAUCAGCAAUUAGAGGAUUUUGUGCAGCAGCAAGAGCUUGUUGGCACAGGAUCCUGUCUUAAUUUAAAAAUUAUUAAUACUUUAUGUUCUUUUCUACCAUUUUAAUAUAAUUAUUCUAUAUUUCCCAUUUUUUUAAAUAAAAAAAUUACAUUGUUUUUAAUUAUACAGUUAAUAUUGUACUUAAUAUAUUAUGUUGUGUUUUAUGUGCUUUGUUUUCUUCCUGCUUUCUUUACACACAACAACAACAACAACAACAACAACAACAACAACAACAACAACAACACAUAUACAGUCGUACCUUGGAAGUCAAACGGAAUCUGUCCCGGAAGUCCGUUCAACUUCCAAAACAUUCAGAAACCAAAGCACGACUUCCGAUUGGCUGCAGGAAGCUCCUGCAGCCAAUCAGAAGCCGUGGAAAACCCAUGUCGGGCGUUCGGGUUCCAAAAGAAUGUUAGAAAACCAGAGCACUCACUUCCGGGUUUCAAUCGCUCGGGAGCCAAUUUGUUCAGGAGCCAAGGCGUUUGAGAUCCAAGGUACGACUGUAUUGCCAGGCCUUAGGGGUGUCUACACCUUACAUUGAACAAGUGUGCAGUCUGUGUGCCUGUGUACACAAUAGCUGGACUGCACAAAUGCACAAAUGCACAAGUGUACAUUGUUUUAGACAAGCACUUGUGCAGGUGUAGAGUACGAUGAACCUGUGUCCAUUGUAAUGUGUGUACAACCCUCUUGCCUAAAGCCAAUAGGGUUAGGCUGGAGAGGAGAUAGCUGGGGUGAUGCCAAAAAAGCCUGAGCUUUGAUUGCAGAAGGUUUUUGGCAGCUAUACAAAGGGAUGUGGAGUUCAGCCAAGGGAUUGUGCUUGUCCUCAGCUACAAUCAGAGCAGUGCAAGUUGCUUCUGGUUAUUUCAGUGGCCUGAUGAAUCUAGAUCAUUUACAGGCUCUCCAGCAGAGUGCUAUGAAAACUUUGUCACACCGGCAUGGUCUUGAUUCCAACUACAGUGGUACCUCAGGUUAAGAACUUAAUUCGUUCUGGAGGUCCAUUCUUAACCUGAAACUGUUCUUAACCUGAGGUAUCACUUUGGCUAAUGGGGCCUCCCACUGCCGCCACCGUGCGAUUUCUGUUCUCAUCCUGAAGCAAAAUUUUAAACCCGAGGUACUAUUUCUGGGUUAGCGGAGUCUGUAACCUGAAGUGUCUGUAACCCGAGGUACCGCUGUACAAUUCUCUUUGGAUGUUUAGGUAGGUACAAUAUCACCAUCCCAAGGGACUGCAUUCCCUUGUUUGACAAAGUGGGAAGGGAUCUUCCCUCGCUACUGCAGCCAUAAAUCCAGAAUCAGAAUGGAACAUCACAGAAGUGACUAGGGGCUUCUCCAGACUGAUAUGUUUUAUUGUGGACAUCUUCUGCAGCAUAUUCUCAGUGCAAUAAUAGUACAUUAGUGGUGUAUUUUUCAAAAGAACACAGCAAAGGGAAAACAGUAUACUUAUAGGGUUGUUGUAAUGCAUACAGUUUAAAACAAAGGGCAAAUCACCUUAAAGAUGCUAAAGGGGUGUCUCCACACCCCACCAUCGUUCAGCCUGGACACUGAGGUCCAGCUCCCAGGGCCUUCUGGCAGUUCCCUCACUGUGAGAAGCGAGGUUACAGGGAACCAGGCAGAGGGCCUUCUCGGUAGUGGCACCUGUCCUGUGGAUGUCAAGGAAAUAAACAACUACAGUGGACGCUCGGGUUGCAAACGUGAUCUGUGUGGGAGGCACGUUCGCAACCUGCAGCGUUCACAACCUGCAGCGCCACAUCUGUGCAUGCAUGGGUUGCAAUUCUGCGCUUCUACUCAUGCGCAAAUCGUGAUUUAGCACUUCUGUGCAUGUGCGACCGCCAAAACCCAGAAGUAACCCGUUCCGGUACUUUCAGGUUUUGGCGCUUCUGUAACCCAAAAAAACGCAACCUGAAGAUUCUGUAACCCGAGGUAUGACUGUAUCUCGUUUUUAGAAGCCAUCUGAAGGCAACCUUGUAUCAGAUGUCAAGGAAAUAAACAACUAUCUGAUUUUUAGAAGGCAACCUUGUUAUGGGACGUUUUUCAUGUUUUAUUAUAUGUGCUGGAAGCUGCCCAGAAUGGCAGGGGAAACCCAGCCAGAUGGGCAGGGUAUAAAUAAUAAAAUUAUUAUUAUUGAGAUAUAACGAAACCACCAGAAACCACCCUUUUUAUCUCUAAAGUGCCCAAAGAGGUCAGUUACAGGUUUUCCUUUAAACAACAGGGGAUGUCGGCCUGCGCAUCUUGCCAAAGAGGAGUGAGAAAAAGCAGCACUUGCCAAAAUUCUGUGCAACCGGGACAGGGGGUCUUUGUCCUCCACUGAAUCCCGCCACCCUACAGCAGGGAUGGGAGCAACCUGCUGUUCUCCUGAUGUUGGCACAUUCCAGUUCCCAACAGCACCAGCUGACACGGCCAACGGUCAGGAGAGUGAUGGGGAUCUGUAGUCCAGCAACCCCUGAGAGGAGCAUAGAGGGUUCUCCAUCCCAUGCCCUAGAGAACCAGCACUGGGUGCUCCUGCGAUGAUGAAGCUGGCCGGCAGGUUAGCAAGUGUAGAAGCUUCUAAGCCGACUUGUUAUAUCCAGAUACUCCUAUUUCCUUUAGAAGUUAGUUGCUGGCAGGGCUCCAGUGAACACCAGCACGACUUAAUUACUAGACUCUCGAUUUCUCCUUUGGUGCUGAUCCUGCUGGAAAAACACACAUUUGGGCCUGGGAGGGCUUCCGAGACGAUCAGACGGAUGGGCACAUAAUUAGCUGCGUCGUUCAGCAGGGCAGCCCGUCCAUGCUAAGCCGGCAAGUCGGUGUUUUAUGGCCCGACCAACCCUUGGAAUUGUCAGCUGUUUCUGGAAAUCAACCCCAUGGGAGCCACCUAACUUUUGUUCACUAAACGCUGCCGCCUGGGGGAGAUGGAUGGUAAUUGUGUCUGCUGUCUCUCUCUGCCUUUGCCAAGACUCAAAGGCUGCCUCUUCCCGUGCUUCCUCCUCCUUCACAACUUCCCUAAUCUUUGCAGCUGCACAACAACACAGGAGCCGGACAGGCAGUGGCAGUAGAGCUGAUUCUGACAUUCCUGCUGGUCCUCUGUGUCUUCGCCUCGACGGACAGCCGCAGAACUGAUGCUGUGGGCUCCCCAGCGUUAUCUAUCGGACUGUCAGUCACAGCCGGCCAUUUCCUAGGGGUGAGUGUUGUUAUCUCAGCUGGGCAGAGCAAUGGUACAGGGUGUGUUCCUCAGAUGAGAUGGCUCCACGGUUCUUUACCAUUGCAUUCCAGCAGGGGGUGCUAUGGCAAUUGGGGUGGGGGUGGUGGAAGGCAGUGUUGGGAAACUGCUGAGAAGACGGGGGCAUCAGGCAGGCCCCCAGCUGGCUCCAGCCCCCGGCCGGCAGUCGGUCUCCCUUGGAACAGCAUCAAUCAGCGACACGAGCCUCAGAUACGUUUAGAGACCCGUGCACGCUCUAUCAGCAGAGUGUGUAAAUCUUCUCACAGCUGAAGAGGCGGACAGAGAAAUGUGUAAGCAUAAUGUACAGCAUUUUAUUCAGCAUAGUUCAGGAACAGAGGAAAACAUGUCUGCUUCCCUUCGUCUCCAGCAAAACAGCAGUAACACAAAAGCUAUAUACAAACGGAAGUUCCCAGCAAGUGCUGCAAGUAAACAGGCAUGUGGCACACCAGUCAUGCGUGCUCCUUUUAAGGUGGAACGGAACUACCAUAUUGUUCGCUCUAUAAGAUGCACCAGACCACAAGACGCACCUAGUUUUUGGAGGAGGAAAACAAGAAAAAAAUAUAUUCUGAAUCUCAGAAGCCGGAACAGCAAGAGGGAUCGCUGCGCAGUGAAAGCAGCAAUCCCUCUUGCUGUUCUGGCUUCUGUGAUAGCUGUGCAGCCUGCAUUCGCUCCAUAAGACAUUUCCCCUUACUUUUUAGGAGGGAAAAAGUGAGUCUUAUAGAGCAAAAAAUACGGUAUAUUCUAACAGGCAGGUCCCUGGUGCUCCUAUUAGCCAGUAAUAAGUGUAUGGAGGAACCAUGUGUGUAGAACCAGUGGCCUGGUUCCUUCGUAUAAAAGCUAUCCAGCAUUUUGCCAGUGAAACGGUCAAGGAGACUGUUUCUGCACAUGCUGUAAAGGGAAGUGAGGAGAAGAUGGGGCCAGUCAACCUGGGAAGGUAGCCCAUCUAGGAGAAGCAAAACUCUGGUCCCAAACCUCCACUGCCUUGAGGGAUAUCUUCAGGAGAAGAAAAGGCUAAGGGGUAAACUCAACACACAUCUGGAGUGGAGUCCCUAAGACGGUUGGAUGGCGUCUUGCACGUCUCUUCAACUCCUGCCUCCAAGCUGGGGUCAAACGUAUUGCUCUGCUUUCCUUUGGAUCACAUCUGCGAGGCCGAGAAAGCAGUAUUAUUGUCUGGGCAGCCCAAGACCUCCAUACCCACUGCCCAGGCUUGUGCCCCAGGGAGGUCAUGUCAGUGAUACUAUUGCAGCGGUUUGAAUUCACCUCUGGAGGCGCACUCCAUUGUCUCUGUGGGUGCCCAUAACGACAAUUACUGUUGUUGCUAUUUGAUUUUUGUACCUGCCCUUCACCCAGUGGAAGCUGGUCUGUUGGGGUGAAUGGGGCAUUGCCCCACCAACCUCUGUCUGCCCCUAACCAGCCCCCCAUCUGCCUGUUUUCCAAGUGUCAUCUAGGGCUAGGGGUGGCGCUAGCUGUCAUAUUCUUUCUCCUUUGUGCUGCCAUCAUAGAACUCAGCAGGAAGAGGGAUGGGAGCAAAGCCAGUAUCAGUUGGCUCUGCCUGUCAUUGGCUCUCUGGCACCACCUACAGUUGACCUCCCUGCUGUUUUCCCUGCCAGUCCCAAUGGCCACCAGAUUGCCACUACCUUCACCGCUAGACCCCAGGGCGAGUUACUUACAAAAACACUGCAAUAAAAUAUGGAAAGCUGUUAGGACGUUUUGCUCUACCCAUCAUUAAGCGAUGACAUUUCCCCACCAUUAUUACCUUCCAGAUCUAUUUCACGGGCUGCUCGAUGAAUCCUGCACGGUCUUUUGGCCCCGCUGUCAUAAUGGCAAACUUCCAAGAUCACUGGGUAAGUGCUUCCAUCCAGCUACCACCUGAGACUUCAGGCUUGUGAUGGGCCCUGAUAUUGCUAGGAGAUGAAGGACAAGUAGACAUUCCCAGGUCGGCGAUUCGAAUCCCCGUGACGGGGUGAGCUCCCGUUGCUCGGUCCCUGCUCCUGCCAACCUAGCAGUUCGAAAGCAUGUCAAAGUGCAAGUAGAUAAAUAGGUAACGCUCCGGCAGGAAGGUAAACGGUGUUUCCAUGCGCUGCUCUGGUUCACCAGAUGAGGCUCAGUCAUGCUGGCCACAUGACCCGGAAGCCACAAACGCCAGCUCCCUCGGCCAAUAAAGCGAGAUGAGCGUCGCAACCCUGAGUCGUCUGCAGCUGGAACUAAUGGUCAGGGGUCCCUGUACCUUUACCUUAAUAUAUGUUGGAAACUGCCCAGAGUGGCUGAGACAACGCAGUCACAGAUGGCCAGAAUAUAAAUGAUGAUGGUGGUGAUUGACUACGUCUCUAUUUUCAUCAGAGAAACAUUGGGGGGUAUGCCAUAUCAUCCAACAUUUCUCCAAAGAAAAUAGGAACAUCCUACCAUACCCUUCAACAUUUCUCUGAUGAAAAUAGGGACAUCCUGAGGAAAAGAGGGACAUUCCAGGAUCAAAUCAGAAACCAGGACAGCUUCUGUAAAUCCACAACUGUCCCUGGAAAAUAGGGGCACUUGGAGGGUCUGAUUUUCUACCACCCUCAUCCUCGAUGAGCAGCAGAUUUCCAGGGUGUUAGAAAACGGGCAAAGAAAGGGCAAGAUCCUGUCUUCCAGGCCCUGGCACAUGGAUGAAUGGCCGGUGCAUUAAUUAGAUGUAUACAAACAAGACUCAAUUCUUGUUGGGCUCUGUCUUAAUUAAAAUCAGUUGUUUAUGAAAUACGGGUGUGGAAAUUGAUAGAUGAGCUAUGGGCCUUAUCUUAGGGCCCCUGUUUAGACAAUCUGUUAUCCUGAGAUAAUCAUUCCUCCGUUUGCUUCAGCCUUUAAUUUGCUUACAUGCUCAAGUGAUAAAUUAGAUGCUGGAGUAAUGUGAAAGGAAGUCAGCCAACUCUAGCAAGAUCAGGGACUCGACGUGGCUCACCUUUCUUUCAGCCCAGAAUAAGGAACAGAAGAAUCUUGGGUCACUGGAGUUCCUUAAUGGGUAAACAACAGUUGCCAGAAUUCUGGGAAUUGUAGUUUACCUCUAACAGAGCUGCACGUUGCAGUACCCUUAACAAACUGCAUUUCCCAUGAUUCCUUGGAGGAAGUAACAUGCUUUAAAUUAUGGUGCGCGUCUAGGAUUUUUCUUCCACUAUGCUUUUUCACAAAAGGGUGUUAGGCUCAGAGUUGUUUUGAGAGUCUCCUGUGAUUAUACAGAAUUGGAACAAAUAGUACUGUUGUGCCCCAAGAAUUUCAUUGUGUAGCGAGUUCCUGCCUCCCACCAGUAGAAAUAAAGACACAUGACACCACUAUUUUAGGUUAAUGGGCUAAGAUUGGCCACAACUUUAUUGGUUACAGGUAAAGAACGGUAUUGGCUUAGGCAUUGGUCCUAUCCGACUAUCUGGCUUCAGCCUAUUUGCUUGAAGACCGGGAAGGGUUAACACCAGCAGGGGGAGCCCUGCUGAUGCACAUCAACUAGGAACUCCCCCGGGGUCACCGCUCAGGGACGCGAUUGGGCCCUGGCCUCCAUAGGCUUCGGACGAGGCCAUGCCCCCCGGAAUCCUUUACCGGACUACCCUUCAAUAUUUGGGGGAGGUGAUGGCGCUCCCUCCCACAUAUCUACAUAACAAUACCCCUACCAAUGACUAACCACCAAAACCAAAAGAGUUGUGACGAUUUGCUACGAGGUAGGCGAAAAACCAAAUGGCCAGUGCCAAUUUGCCAAGUGGAAAAAAUUCCUACCAGGCCCCUUAACGGCGACCAACCGAAGUCCAUAGCAAGGUCAGAAGGGGAAUCUUAAAGGGUGGGCGGGUGGGAAACCUCAGCAGCUGAGCGGCCAAAAGAGGGAGAUCCCGGGGCCGCGCUCGCCUUAAGUGAGGCAAGCCACACACCCCAAUCGGUCAAUUGUCUAUAAUCUCUGGCAGCAGCUCCAGUUGAUAAUGUUGAUGUUUGAUGUCAGGAGCUUACGUUGGCCAUAAGUAACAGGAAUGAUGAGCACAAAACAUAAGAGAAUUUCAGAGUAUAGCUACACUGUGCAUGGAUCCAGAACCAUUUCCUUUGAGCACCUCGAGACAGUCCCAAAGCCAUUUGACUCUGCUCUGGCCAACUGUUAUGUCCCAAUGGGAUGGGCUUUAGCAAGACUGCACUUGGCAGCAGAACAUGGUUGGCAUAUCUUGGCCCCAUCAUCCCAUUAUGCAUUCUGAGCAGAGGAUGGAAAUAAUAAUAAUAAUAAUAAUAAUAAUAAUAAUAAUAAUAGUUUAUUAUUUGUACCCCGCCCAUCUGGCUGGGUUUCCCCAGCCACUCUGGGAGGCUUCCACAGAGACCAAAAAUACACUAAAAUGUCACACAUUAAAAACUUCCCUGAACAGGGCUGCCUUAAGAUGUCUUCUGAAUGUCAGGUAGUUGUUUAUCGCUUUGACAUCUGAUGGGAGGGCGUUCCACAGGGCGGGCGCCACUACCGAGAAGGCCCUCUGCCUGGUUCCCUGUAGCUUUGCUUCUCGCAAUGAGGGAACCGCCAGAAGGCCCUCGGCGCUGGACCUCAGCGUCUGGGCAGAAGCCAAUGUAGGUCUUUCAAGACCAGUGUUAUGUGGUCUCGGCGGCUGCCCCCAGUCACCAGUCUAGCUGCUGCCUUCUGGAUUAGUUGUAGUUUCUGGGUCACCUUCAAAAGUAGGCCCACAUAGAGCGCAGUAGUCCAAGCGGGAGAUAACUAAAGCAUGCACCACUCUGGCGAGACAGUUCGCGGGCAGGUAGGGUCUCAGCCUGCAUACCAGAUGGAGCUGGUAGACAGCUGUCCUGGACACAGAAUUGACCUGCGCCUCCAUGGACAGCUGUGAGUCCAAAAUGACUCCCAGGCUGCGCACCUGGUCCUUCAGGGGCACAGUUACCCCAUUCAGGACCAGGGAGUCCUCCACACCUGCCCUCCCCCUGUCUCCCCAAAACAGUACUUCUGUCUUGUCAAGGUCCUUUCCAACUAUAUGAUGGUGUGGUAUACCUCAAUAGCACCCCUACUAGCCGAGAAGGGGGCAAACAGCUCUGUAGCUGCUCCAAUUGGGAAUGAUUCCAUUGAGGAGUGACUCACCAAAAACCUAUGUUUUGUUUGCACUUCUUCAGAUCUUUUGGGUGGGACCUCUGGCGGGCGGCAUUGUGGCCUCUCUGAUCUACAACAUCAUCCUCGCUCCUGACACAAGAAGCCUAUCCGAGAGGCUUGAUGUUCUGAAAGGGACCUACCAACCUGAAGAUGACUGGGUGGAGAAGAAUGAUCAGAAGUACUCAACGGAACUGGUGGAUCACAGGAUCAUAGAAUCAUAGAACGGUCAAGCUGGAAGGGACUCUGACGGUUAUCCAGCCCAAACCCACUGUCAAACAGCGCUUACUGUCAGAAAGUUCUUCCUGUUUAGUCAGAAUCUCCUUUCUUGUAACUCUCAAAUCUGCUCUCAUCCAGGAUGAAUGAACCCAGCUCCUUCAACCGUUCCUCAUCAGGCUUGCUUUCCAGACCCCUGAUCAUCUUGGUCGCCUUCCUCUGCACACGUUCCAGCUUGUCAAUAUGCUUCUUAAAUUGUGGCGCCCAGAACUGGACACAGGUGUGGUCUGACCAAGGCAAAAUACAGAGGGAUGCGGGUGGCGCUGUGGGUUGAGCCACAGAGCCUAGGACUUGCCGAUCAGAAGGUCGGCGGUUCGAAUCCCCGCGACGGGGUGAGCUCCCAUUGCUUGGUCCCUGCUCCUGCCAACCUAGCAGUUCAAAAGCACGUCAAAGUGCAAGUAGACAAAUAGGUACCGCUCCGGCGGGAAGGUAAACGGCGUUUCCGUGCGCUGCUCUGGUUCGCCAGAAGCGGCUUAGUCAUGCUGGCCACAUGACCCGGAAGCUGUAUGCCGGCUCCCUCGGCCAAUAAAGCGAGAUGAGCGUCACAACUCCAGAGUCAGCCACGACUGGACCUAAUGGUCAGGGGUCCCUUUACCUUUACUUUUAUUAACUUCCCAAGAUCUGGAAAGGGAGUAACUUUGCGCUGCACAAAGAAGCACUUUUGUCUGGCCUGAACCUCCUAAUGUUCAGCUUCCCUGGAUUCUAGUGUUACUAGAAAGGGAGGAAAACAUUCCUCCACCCACUUUCUUCAUACCACGAAUAAUGGUAUGAACUCCCAUCAUUUCUCCCCUUACUUGUCUUUUCUCUAAACUAAAAAGUUUUAAGGUGGAAGGGAGUAGGUUAAGAAGGGGCUACUCUGCACCACUCCUCCAGGCUGAUAAAGGACCAAACAAAAACAGUACAGCGGUACCUCGGGUUAUGUACUUAAUUCGUUCCGGAGGUCCGUUCUUAACCUGAAACCGUUCUUAACCUGAAGCACCACUUUAGCUAAUGGGGCCUCCUGCUGUUGCCGCGCCGCCAGAGCACGAUUUCUGUUCUCAUCCUGAAGCAAAGUUCUUAACCCGAGGUACUAUUUCUGGGUUAGCGGAGUCUGUAACCUGAAGCGUAUGUAACCCAAGGUAUCACUUUACUCACACCAUCUCCCUAGGGCAGGGGUCAGCAACCUUUUUCAGCCGUGAGCCGGUCCACCGUCCCUCAGACCAUGCGGUGGGCCGGACUAUAUUUGGGGGGGGGGAUAAUGAAUAAAUUCCUAUGCCCCACAAAUAACCCAGAGAUGCAUUUUAAAUAAAAGGACACAUUCUACUCAUGUAAAAACACGCUGAUUCCUGGACCGUUUGUGGGCCGGAUUGAGAAGGCAAUUGGGCCGCAUCCGGCCCACGGGCUUUAGGUUGCCUGCCCCUUCCCUAUUGUUUCAUAGCCUUCCAUGUGCCUGGAGCAUAGGAAGUCUCAGCUUGUCCACUCCCUCCAACAUCAACUGAUGCAUCUAGUCUUUUGACAUCCCCAGGUCUCUCCUUCCUGGCUCUGUUCUUCAGUGAAUGUAGAUUGUAAGCUCUUUGGAGGCAGAGACUCUGUUACUUCUGUUCAGUGCCUAGCACACUGCUAGGGCUAAACUAAAUGCUAAAUAGCCGUAAUAACAAUAAAGCAGUAAUAAUAAAUGGAGCAAAAGCAGCAGCAUCAAACUGGCCACCACACAACAAGCCGGAUUGACAUAUAAGCAAAACAAGCUAUAGCUUAGGGCUCCACUUUCUUGGGGG